AUGAUUUCCAAAAUCCCCAUCACCAACGAGGUCCAAGAGCUGGUCGACACCUUGAUCGCGAAGCUGGACCAGGACCUGUGGAAAGUCAACCAUGAGAUCUGGAGCAACCCCGAAAUCGGUUUCAAGGAAUACAAAGCCCACGACAUCAUCUGUGACUUCCUCGAGGCCCAGGGCUUCAGCGUCACUCGGCAUGCCUAUGGGGUCGAGACUGCCUUCGAGGCGCGCACUGGCGAGGGUGGCCGGCUGAUCAACUUCAACGCCGAAUACGACGCACUGCCCAACAUCGGCCACGCCUGUGGCCACAACCUGAUCGCCACCAGCAGCUUGGCCGCCUUCCUCGCGCUGUCAUUCGCCCUCAAGCACUUUGGCCUCCCGGGACGGACGCAGCUGUUGGGGACUCCGGCCGAGGAAAGCGGCGGCGGCAAGGUCGAGCUGCUCGAGGCUGGCGCCUAUACCGGCGUAGAUGUGUCACUGAUGGGACAUGGAGGGCCGCGCAAGAUGGCCACUCUCCCCGAAUGCGAUGGCAUCGGUGGAGUGCGCAUGGUGGCGCGAGAACAGUUGUUUGUCGAGUUUACAGGCAAGAACGCCCAUGCCGGCGGCAAUCCGUGGGACGGGGUCAAUGCCCUGGACGCCUUCGUGGCCGCGUACAACAACAUCUCGAUGCUGCGGCAGCAGACCAACGACACGGACCGCAUCCAUGUCGCCGUGCUCGAGGCCCCCAAGGCCGCCAACAUCAUCCCCGCCAAGGUGCGGGCCAUGUUCACCACCCGCAGCCAGACCUUGAAGUCGUUGAGAGCCUUGACUGCCCGGGUCACGAAAUGCAUCGAGGCCGGCGCCCUGGCGAGCGGCUGCACCGUGGAUAUUACAAAGGAAGCACACUACGCAGACCUUGUGUUGAACGACCCUCUCUGCGAGCGAUACAAAACCCACGGCAGUGCCUACGGGCAAAAGAUACUGGCCACCAUUCCCGACUGGAUGACCGGAUCCUCCGACAUUGGCAAUGUCACGUACGCAGUGCCAACGCUUCACUCCAUGUUUUCUAUUCCGUGCCCAGCGGGCUCCUACCCGCAUCAUCCGUCAUUUACGAGUGCGGCAGGAACGCCCGAGGCGCACCAGUCGGCCUUGACCACGGGCAAAGUCCUGGCAUUGUUGGGCUGGGACGCAGCGACGGAUGAUGAGUUUUACAACCAAGUGAAAUCCAACUGGGACAAGAGCGUUGCAGAAGCCACAGCCUGA